AUGGCAUCCGCUCUCCGCUCCUCAAUCCUUCGCCAAUGCCUCGGGGCGCCCGUUCAGCGUACCGCCAGUGCGACGCUUCCCGCCUUCAGGUCGCAGCAAUGGGCUCUGCAGCGCGCUGCCUUCCAAACCUCCGCUCGCAUGGCCAUUCUCCCACCGCUUCCUCAAGCCAUCCAAGGAACAGUCAAUGAUCCUGUCAAGGUCCCUCACGCACACCCGUCGCACGGCAGCUACCACUGGACCGCCGAACGUCUCGUCUCCGUUGGCUUGAUUCCGAUCACCAUCCUGCCAUUCGCUGUUGGCUCGCUCAACCCUCUCCUGGACGGUACUCUCAUCAGCCUUAUCAUCGUUCACACCUACAUUGGAUUCCAGUCUUGCAUCACCGACUACCUACCCAACUGGCGCGUACCGAUCUUGCGAAAGGUCUUUGAUUGGGCCAACGUCCUCGCAGUCUUUGUUGUUGGAUGGGGCUGGUACGAGUUCGAGACCAACGACGUCGGCAUCACUGAGGCGAUCAAGCGAGUCUGGACGGCGAAGAAGACUGUUGCUGCCCAGUAG